GGCCUUUGAACCCAUUGUUGUGCGCCGGGUGACGUCAGCGCGUGUGAGCGAGACUGGAGAGAGAGAGAGAGAGAGAGAGAGAGCGCGAGCGUGGCGUGCGUCUGCACACAGACAGACAAAGACGGCGGACCGGAGGAACGGCAGAAAGAGCUCUACUCCUCUCAAGCGUUCCACGCGUCAAAACGGCCAGAAAACAAUGAGCAGAGCGGUGCCGAGGCGGGACGCGUGAUUUAAACGCGCGCUGGAGUUUGAUUUUCACCGCGGAUGCUUUUAAAACGAGUCUUUUUCUCCAACGCCCCCCAACAAUUAGCAGCUCCGCUAGCGGUUAGCAUCACCACCAUCACCCUCAUCCUCCAGAAAACACGAGAGAAGCGCGGCGAGCGGCGCGGAGGACAUAAGAAAGCGCGGUGUCUGAUGUGCACGCGGGGAUUACUAUGCCCAGUCCCUUGUUUCAUCCUGACAUCAUGGAUCACGAGAUGGUGGUGAGCAGCAGCAGCCAGUCCAGCGGCCGGGAGACCGAGCACGAGUCCCGGGACGAGGACCAUCAGGAGGCGCUGCGCUUCGCCCUGGAUCAGCUGUCACUCAUGGCGAUGGAGAAGGUCGACUGUCUGGACGGGACCUCACCCGGGGAGAACUGCAACGGAGGUGGUGGCUACGUCGACCUGCAGAUGCUCGAGCACUCGAACGGCUCGCGGGAAUCGCCCAGCUCGUGCUCGCCCUCCCCGGAGUACUACGGCUCGGGCUCGGGCGGCGGAUACCACAUGGCCAGCCCGCACUCCUCCAUCCUCGGGGAACAAAGCGCGGUGCUCCGCAAGAGAAGUGUCAACAUGACCGAGUGCGUGCCCGUGCCCACAUCAGAGCAUGUGGCGGAGAUUGUCGGAAGACAAGGUUGCAAGAUCAAAGCAUUGCGUGCAAAAACAAACACCUACAUCAAAACCCCCGUGAGAGGAGAAGAUCCCGUGUUCAUCGUGACGGGCCGCCGCGAAGACGUGGAAAUGGCCAAGCGCGAGAUCGUCUCGGCAGCCGAGCACUUCUCCAUGAUACGAGCCUCGCGCUGCAAAGCGGGCGCAAGCGGGCCUGGCACGAGCGGAUCGCUUCCCGGCCCUCCGAACCUCCCGGGACAGACCACCAUCCAGGUGCGCGUUCCCUACAGAGUCGUGGGUCUCGUGGUGGGACCCAAAGGAGCCACGAUCAAACGCAUCCAGCAGCAGACGCACACCUACAUCGUGACGCCGAGCCGAGAGAAAGACCCCGUGUUUGAGGUCACCGGGAUGCCGGAGAACGUCGACCGCGCGCGAGAGGAGAUCGAAACGCACAUCACGUUGCGCACGGGCGCGUUCGUCGACCUCCAAGGCGAUAAUGACUUCCACAGCAACGGGACGGAUGUGAGUUUAGAAGGGCUCGGGUCGCUCGGGUUCGGCGGCGCGCUUUGGUCGCGUGCGACUCAUUCGGCACCACCUCCUCCUCCGCCGCCGCCUCCACCGCCAUCACAUCUUCACCAUUCCACCCGCAAAAUGUCGUUAUCCAACGGCGCAGACUCGUUCUCGGUGACGCGCCGGGCGGCAGACGGCGGGAGCCCCACGAGCCCCUUCAGCACGAGCAGCGCCGGCGGGAGCUUCUCCUUCGCUGGCGAUUCCACUCCGAAUUUGCCGGCGACGACGUCGGAAGAUUUGGGUUUUGAAUUCGCCGCCGCCAACAUCUGGGCUCCGUUUGUGAACGGCGCAAAGCAGCAGCAGCAGCCGCCGGUUCGGCGCAACAGCAGCGGGCUCAGCGGCGGAGCCGUAACCCCGCGUCUAUCGCCCGACCCUGAUCACCCAUUGGCCCGCCGUGCUCAAAGCGACCCCCUCAGCGCCCUCUCCUGGCUGCAGACGGGUGGCGGCGGCUCGUUCUCGGGCGGGAGCAGCAGCAGCAGCGGCGGAAGCACCACCGGUUACUCGUCCUGCUCGGCUUCUUCGCUCCCGGGUGGCUCGCCAACUGACUCUGAAGGUGGCGGCAGCGGAGUCGGCAUUGCUUCGACCAUGUUGGGUCGCCUGAAAGCGGGCGCCCUGGCUGGAAUGGUGCCUCGAGACUGUUACGUGUGCUGCGAGAGCGAAGUGACGGCUGCGCUGGUCCCAUGCGGGCACAACCUCUUCUGCAUGGACUGCGCCGGGCAGAUCUGUCAGUCGCAAGAGCCCGAGUGUCCCGUGUGCCACACUCCUGCCACGCAGUGCAUCCGGAUCUUCUCCUAAGACUGCCUUCAUAGGAUUGACAGUAAUUAAUAGAUAUGACACUAUUCUGAUUUAUUGACAACAAUAAUAAUAAUAAUAACAAUGAUGACGAUGAAACGAAAAUGACUAUUACCCACUCAAGUACUUGCGUAAUCCUAGCCGUUCGUGUUCAUAUCCGAUGGGUUUUUUCCAUUCAUGCUUCGGACUUUUUCUACUCGCAGAUAUUUUUCGACUUUUACGCUGCAUUUGUUUUUAGAGGGUUGCCGCUGCGGUCGUUUUUUAAAUUAUUUUUUAAAGAUUCCGCAUUCUGUUUUUAAAUGCAGUCGACGGCGGCAGCGUAAAACGCAAGACUGCGUUCAUUUAGACCAAAACAUGAGAGAUAUUAAUGUAACACUUAAUAUUUAUACGUAUCUGAUGUACUAGUUGAUGUUGAAUCUAAUAGAAUAGUACAUGUUAUAAAUAUCAUAACCGUGCAUUUUUUUGCCACACUACCUUAAAAAACGUUCAUGCUCCUGUGCGUCCUCAUCGUCGAUGCUUUAGGGACGAACGUCACGUUCAUUCCAACAAUCUACACUCCUGAAACAGGGUCGCUGGUAUUUACAGUUAAACAUGGACGUGUGGAGACUUCAUCUGUUACGCUUCUGCGACGUGAACGGCGCCCUCUAUCAAACCACAUGACUUAAAAGAGGUCUUUGUUAACUUUACGUGAAUGUUUCUCUUUGUUGUGAGUGAGUGUGUGUGUGUGUGUGUGUGUGUGUGUGAGAGAGAGAUUGAGUUGUAGAGCCAUCGCAUUUUGUGCACUGCGACACAUUGAAAUGUUCUUUCGCUGGAGUAAAAGUGUCUUCCGGCCCUCGUAAGAGGUUAAAGCGUUCCCGAUCGCAUCCCGCACUUAGUCCCGCCGUGGUUUGCCUGUGAACGUGAUGAAUCUGUAGCCCCGCUGAAAGGUUUUUACGUGACAAGCCAUGAAUUCACACUCUAAAGGGCUUCCGGUUACACACUACACUUCAGGUCAUCCCGCGUUUUCGAAACGCUAAUAAACAGGAUGUUUGGUCCCGACUGAGUCCGUGUGGCAGCUAAAUCACGCAGGGCUUCCGUACGUUUUAGUGAUAAACGCAAGGGACUUUUUGACAUCUGAAAGAGUGAAAAUGAAAGUGUCUUUUGUUUUAAAUUAUGGUUGGUUUGCAUGAUUUGUACAGGUUUUUUUCUCUAGACGUGUGUAAGAUCACGCAACCCGUUUUUCCUCAUUUGACUCGCUGUUUCCUAUGGAAGCUCGUUUCUGCCAUAAAAUAAAACAAUUUAAAAGAGAGCUCGCUUUUUUCUUGUAAUUGCAAGUUUCUAUUAAGCAAUUAU